AUGGACCGUCAUUCCACUUUGAUCAUAUCUAUAUUACUCACCGCUUUGACCACAACCUUCUUCUCUCCGGUUUAUGCCGGAACUUUCGACAGAGACUUCGAUAUCACUUGGGGUGGUGGUCGUGGGAAAGUCCUAAACAAUGGAGAGCUUCUCACUCUUUCUCUCGAUAGAGCCUCCGGAUCUGGAUUCCAAUCCAAGAAAGAGUAUUUGUUCGGAAAAAUAGAUAUGCAGAUCAAACUCGUCCCUGGAAACUCUGCCGGAACCGUCACUACCUACUAUCUGAAGUCGAAAGGUGAUACGUGGGACGAGAUAGAUUUCGAGUUUCUGGGUAAUCUAACUGGUGAUCCGUAUGUGAUGCAUACAAAUGUGUAUACUAAAGGCAAAGGUGAUAGAGAACAACAAUUUCAUCUCUGGUUCGAUCCAACGGCUGAUUUUCACACUUACUCUGUUCUAUGGAACCAUCAUCACAUCGUUUUCUUGGUUGAUGGAAUUCCGAUAAGACAAUUCAAGAACCUAGAACAUAGGAGAAUUCCAUAUCCAAAAAUGCAGCCAAUGAGGCUCUACUCGAGUCUCUGGAACGCGGACCAGUGGGCUACGAGAGGAGGGCUUGUUAAGACCGACUGGUCCAAGGCGCCAUUCACCGCUUCUUACAGAAACUUUAGAGCGGACGCAUGUGUCUCGCACACUGGAAAACCAUCUUGCCCAGCCGGUUCACCAAGAUGGUUGUCUCAUAGGUUUGAUCUAACGGCGGAAAAUAAUAUGAGGGUAGUGCAGAGGAAGUUCAUGGUUUAUAACUAUUGUACGGAUUCCAAGAGGUUUCCUCAAGGAUUUCCUAAGGAGUGUGGUAUUCACUAG